GAUCAUCUGAUUUUCUGAUGUUAUCCCACUCGGCCGCCCCUCCUCCUCCCGCAAGAUAACGGGGCGGCCAUGUCGUCCGCGCCUCCCCCUCUCCUUCCCGCCAAAUCCAAGAACCCACCACCGCACCCCCCGCUCUUCUCCCACCUCCCGCACUGUACCAGCCUCAGGGCGCUCUCCCAGCUCCACGCCGCGGCCGUUAAGGCCGGCCUCUCCGCGCACCCGGCCUUCGUAACCAGGCUCCUCACGCUCUGCACCGCCCCGGGCGCGCCGCCGGCCCACCUCGCCUACGCCCGCCAGGUGUUCGACAGGGUGCCCCACCCGGGGGACGCCGUCUGGUACAACACGCUGCUGCGCGGCUACGCGCGCUGCUUCCCCUCUUCUUCAUCCGCCGCGGCGGCGGAGGCAGCGCGGGUGUUCGUGCGGAUGCUGGAGGAGGGCGUUGCGCCGGACACGUACACGUUCGUGUCGCUGCUCAAGGCGUGCGCCGCGGCGCGCGCGGGGGAGGAGGGACGGCAGGCGCACGCUGUGGCGGUCAAGGUCGGCGCGGCGGGGCACGAGUACGUCCGCCCCACGAUGAUCAACAUGUACGCCGAGUGCGGGGACGUGCGGUCGGCGCGCGCGAUGUUCGACGGGGUGGACGGGGAAUGUGUGGUCUCGUACAACGCGAUGAUCACCGCGGCGGUGAGGAGCAGCCGGCCCGGGGAGGCGCUGGUGCUGUUCCGGGAGAUGCAGGCGAAGGGGCUCAAGCCGACGUCUGUGACGUUGAUUAGUGUGCUCUCGGCGUGUGCGUUACUUGGGGCGCUGGAACUUGGCAAGUGGAUCCAUGAGUAUGUCCGGAAGAUAGGGCUUGAUUCCCUUAUGAAGGUCAACACUGCGCUGAUUGACAUGUAUGCAAAGUGUGGAAGCUUGGAGGAUGCCAUUGCUGUGUUCCAGGGGAUGGAAUCAAGAGAUAAGCAAGCUUGGUCCGUGAUGAUCGUCGCAUACGCUAACCAUGGCUACGGCAGAGAGGCUAUUUCGCUGUUCGAAGAGAUGAAGAAGCAAGGGAUAAAGCCUGAUGAUGUAACAUUCCUUGGUGUGCUCCAUGCCUGCAGCCAUUCUGGUUUGGUGAACGAAGGGCUCCAAUACUUUGACGAUAUGAAAGACUACGGUAUCAUUGCAGGGAUCAAGCACUAUGGUUGUGUUACAGAUUUGCUUGCUCGAUCAGGACAGCUUGAAAGAGCUUACAAGUUCAUUGAUGAACUACCAAUAAAGCCCACCCCAAUCUUAUGGAGGACAUUGCUUUCUGCUUGUGGAGGCCGUGGAAAUUUUGAACUUGGCAAACGUGUCUUUGAGAGAAUUCUUGAGCUGGACGAUUCUCAUGGUGGUGAUUAUGUAAUAUUCUCGAAUUUGUGCGCUAACACUGGGAGUUGGGAAGAGAUGAAUAGGGUAAGGAAGUUGAUGAGUGAAAAAGGGGUGGUAAAGGUGCCAGGCUGUAGCUCAAUUGAGAUAGAUAACAUGGUUCACGAGUUCUUCUCAGGAGAUGGAAGGCACCCAAAAUCACAAGAAGCACGCAGAAUGGUUGAUGAAGUGAUUGACCAACUAAAACUGGUUGGUUAUGUCCCUAAUACUUCACAUGUGUUUCAUGUUGAAAUGGGUGAGGAGGAGAAGGCAACAAGCUUAAGAUACCAUAGUGAGAAGCUGGCAAUUGCUUUUGGGCUUCUAAAUACAUCUCCAGGAGCUACCCUACGUGUUGUCAAGAAUCUCCGUGUAUGUCCAGAUUGCCAUUCGAUGGCAAAGCUUGUGUCAAUGGUCUUUAAUAGGCGGAUCAUACUCAGAGAUCUGAACCGCUUCCACCACUUUGAGGAUGGGGUCUGCUCUUGUCGUGACUACUGGUAGAUAUUUUUGUACCACAGUAUCUUCUUGUACCACAAUGCCUUCCACUCAGAUCAGUACACCGGCGGCGGAGGCGCAUGCACUGGCAGGGGUGGCGGUGGCGGUGGCGGCGAUGGUGGUGCGAUGCACCCGUGGGCGUCGCAGUGCACCAGCGGCCGAUGCAGAAACGCGAUGCACUCCUCGCCGGACCGCUGGUCGGGGCGUCCGGCGAUGCAGUUCUGCCGGUCGUCGAUGCGCGGCACUUCGAGGCACCUGUGCGGUUCGCCGCAGAAGAAGUUGUACGAGUAGGUGAAGUUCUUGAGGUGCGGUAGCUCGCAGAUGCUCUCUGGUAUCUCGCCGGCGAGCAUGUUGUGCGCGACGUCGAGCUGCUCCAAAGCGCGCAUGUUGCCGAUGGUGUCCGGCAGCGUGCCCGCGAUGCUGUUGAAGCUGAGGUCGAGCACGGUGAGCUUGUCCAGCUUGCCGAUCUCCGGCGGGAUGCACGAGGAGAUGCCACUGUUGAGGAGCACCAGCUCGUUGAGAGUCCCGGACAUGUCGCCGAUGCUGCUUGGCAGGCAGCCCCCCAACCGUGGCAGGUUCGCCAGCACGAUCACCGACGCCGUCGAAUUGCUGAAGCUCUCCGGCAGCGUGAACUCGAAGUGGUUGUUGUUGAUGAACAGCGCGUCGAUCUUCUUAUCAAAGAUCGCCGCCGGCACCUCGCCGCAGAAGUUGUUAAACCUUCACACACACACAUAACACAUAACUUUGCACUCAUUCAUAGCUUGUGCGCAGGUGCAGGCUGGUGUAUACGCGUAUACAGAGGUAUACGGGUGCGUUACGUGCGUACCUGAUGUCGACGUACUUGACGUUUGGGAGACAGAGGAACUGCGACGGGAAGAGGCCGGAGAGUUGGUUGUUGCUGACAUCAAUCUCGUGGAGGAGGUGCAGGGAGCGGAGGGAUUCGGGGAGGGAGCCGGAGAAGCGGUUGGAGUUGAGGUGGAAGACGGCGAGGUCGGAGAGGAGGCCGAGCUCCUCUGGGAGCGUACCGGCGAGGUCGCCGUGGUUGAGGUCCACGCUGGCCACCGUGCGCUGGCACGGGUCGUUGGGCGCCGGCGCGCAGUACACGCCGAAGUAGUUGCACACGUCGGGCCCGCACCAAUUGUGCGUCAGAUUCUUGGGGUCGUCCGUGAUGGCGCGCUUCAGCGCCUGCAGCGCCACAUACGCCUUCUCCAGCCGCGAG